AUGACGAGCAAUCCAGAAAAAUUCUCCGGUGCUCCCAAUCCCCCGAACCAAGCCAGUCCUGACCCAGCAAGCGCUCCUAAUAACCCAGAAGAACACCAGCCCUUGGAGGUGGAUGACAUUACCUCCGACACAGACUCUACCUUCAGCGACAGGAGUUCAACCGCGCAGAGUGCAUCUAUAACAUCUUCGAUCUUGAACUAUGAGUACUCAAAUGGUCGAAGGUAUCACGGGUACCAAAGAGGGAGCUAUGUCCUCCCCAAUGACGAAAAGGAACAGGAUCGAUUAGACCUGUUACAUCACAUCUUUCUUCUCUUGCUUGAUGGUAAAUUAAUUCGCGCUCCUAUCUCUGAUCCUCAAAGAGUACUGGACGUCGGGACGGGAACUGGAUUAUGGGCCAUCGACUUCGCGGACGAAUACCCUUCAGCACAGAUCAUAGGCACAGACCUAAGCCCCAUACAGCCAAGCUGGAUCCCGCCCAACGUCAAGUUUUACGUGGAUGACGCUGAGAACGAGUGGGUGUACGGUCCCGACGAAGCAUUUGAUUUUAUUUAUUCAAGGAACAUGGCUGGUGGCAUCAAAGACUGGGACAGAUACAUUGGCCAGGCCUUCCAGCAUACAAAGCCUGGAGGGUGGCUUGAGUUGAUCGAAUUCGAAGCGCUAGUGACCUCGGACGAUGAUUCGAAGGACCGGGUGCCUUUUGUAGACCAGUUCCAGACUAAAUGCAACGAAGCGGCGGCGAAAUUCGGGAAGAAGAUAGACCAGGCCCCGAAUCACAAGCAGCGAGUGAUCAACGCCGGGUACGUCGAUGUUCGCAGUGAUGUGUUCAAGGUUCCCAUAGGCACUUGGCCCAAGGACAAGAAGCUCAAAGAAGUAGGUCGGUACUUCGUGGAGCAUAUGAUGAUGGGCGUCGAGGCGUAUUCACUGGGGUUCUUGGGAAAGGUGCUGGGAUGGAGUAAGGACGAGUGCCGCGUUCUGAUAUCGAAGACAAACGCGGAGCUUCGAGACCGAAAAAAUAAUUUAUAUGUUCGAUUGCAUAUUGUCUACGGUAGGAAACCGAGCGCGUGAGUGUGAUAUGACGAUUGGAUGACUGGCAAGGCGACCAUUAUUUUUACCUUCUCACUCUUGGACAUGAGGCUUGGGUCCGGUUCUUGUCAGAUUUUCCCAGAUAAAUGCUCCUUACGCGAUAAUAUUUUUUAUUUCGCAAUGAUUCUCCCUCAUUACAUGCCUACUUUGGAGGGAUCUCAGCUGAAGAGGCGAUUCCUUGAUAUUUUAUUGGUUAUAUUGGAAGACAGAGUUGACUUCCCCGGCUAGGUUUUUUGGCCAAUUUCAUACGGUUUCUUGCCCAGUCUCAAGUCUGCUUUUCUCUUCCCUUCAAAGCUGGCUUCACCAGCAUUCAGCAAUGCAAUUGAUGGGUAGAUGGAGAUGGAGUAUAGGAUACCUCUAUUAAGUUUAGUAAGCUAUAUAUGCACCU